CUGACCGGUUCGGCUUCGAUAUCGAUAAUCAUUUGCAGCAAAAAGUAGCCCUCUUCCCAUGUCCAGCCGGCGGCCAUGCGGCAAUGUCUCUAUUGAGAUUCUGGAUCGUUCCAAAUCAAGGUCGUACAGGUCGCACACCGGCACCUUCACGCGUGCCGCCUCUUUGACAAUAAUUUCCGCCGUACAAUGCUCACCUGAAGUCUUCUUUUUCGAGGAAUGUUCCGGUAGAGAGCUUACACGCCUAACCUAUGUCAUCAAUAUUUCUGGUCCCUGAUCAGAAGAAGAAUGUUGAUGUGUUCUAUCGUUUCUGACUUGAGAUGUACUUGUACUUGCCAGAAUAGUAGUUUCUGGCUUUAUACCGUAGCGACGGCAUUCCCUGAGCUUCGCACUCACCCUGUCACUGUCAAUAAUUGUACACAAAACAAGCAGGGACCUACAUGCGCUCCGCAGAACUUUCCGACAUAUAACUACCUGUCUGUGGCUCUGUCUCUUUCUCUAGUACCCCUCGGAAUGCCAGGACACACCCAGAACGUCUCCUCCUACUCCGCUGAAGACAAUUCCUUCGGCUCGGAUGACUCUGACCUCGUGGAAUUACGUUCGGACGAGUUCAUCAAUUAUUUUGUUGAAAGCAAUGGUCGUCUCUUCCAUUCUUCGGCCACAUCCCCGUAUCCUUUACCAGUCGAUACCCCGGAACAACAGAGGCUUAAUGUCCUGCACAACGUUUUGUUCUGUAUGAUAGGCGCACACUAUGUGGGUCCAGUCCCUGAAAUCCUAAUGUGGGAACCCGGGCGCCAUAAAAUCGUUGUUGAUAUGUGUACCGGGACCGGAAAAUGGGUUAUGGAAAUGGCAGAGCAAUAUCCUCACGUUCGCUUUUAUGGCUUUGAUAUUGUUCCAAUCGCCACCCGGUAUCCACUCCCCAACGUCAACUUCGAGAUUCAUGACGUCGGCGAACGUACCAGAUACCCAGACCGUAGUAUUGAUUUCGUACACGCACGAUCUGUCUCCAUGACGAUUCGCGACUACCGCAGAAUCAUUCGAGAAGUAAGUCGCAUUCUCCGUCCGGGAGGGAUCUUCGUGUCGGGAGAAUGGGGUCAGCAUCCAACCAUCCACCCCAGUUACAACCUCGAUCCCGCAUCACAGACGCCCUCUUUUUGCCACUUUUUCCAACUUCUUCGCGAUGCGCUGGCUCGCCGCGGGAUCCCCCAGAAUGUGCCGGGAACUGUACAUAGUCUGCUUCAAAGCAGUGGGGGAUUCUUUGAGGUUACACCUCAAACUCACUACUUUCCUGUUGGGCCCUGGAGCUCAGAUCAUGCUAUACAAAGAAUAGGGAGAGCAUUUCGCGCAGUCCUAUCCAGGUACAUGGACUCUGUGCGACCGGUCAUUCUAGAACUCGGAGUGAAUGCAAGUGACCUUGAUGACCUUUACGCCGGCGCUAGAGCUGAAAUAGGUAGAGCGCAAGGCCUUGUUGCCGUCUACUAUUCUGUGCACGCUCGUCGAAUAUAAAUAU